GGACCUGAACUCAUGGGGGUGGGGCAGGGGCCUCGGCCUCGGAGCCUGACCAACUUGUCCUCCCUCCCUCUCUCACCUGAAGUUCGGAGUGCCCUUCCAGAAGAUAUGUCACCCUCCGCUGCUCGAGCUGCGGGCAGCGCAUGUCAGGGCGCAUCGUGGAGGGUGCGGAGGCCCCGUCCAGCAAGUGGCCCUGGCAGGUCAGCCUCCAGUUCGGCUCCAGCCACAUCUGCGGAGGGACCCUCCUUGACCCCCAAUGGGUCCUCACCGCCGCCCACUGCUUCUUCAUGAAUAACGCGAAGAUCCUGGACCGGUGGAAGGUGGUGGCGGGGGUCUCGGACCUGAAGCGCCCAGGAGGUGGGUGGGAGGGGGUCCCCGUCAAGGAGGUCAUCAUCAACGCCAACUACAGCGAGGAGCAUGACGACUACGACAUCGCCCUCCUCAAGCUGUCACGGCCCCUGACUCUCUCUGCCCAGGUGCGCCCUGCCUGCCUCCCCAUGUCGGGCCAGAAGUUUGACCCAGGAAGGACCUGCUUCAUCACCGGAUAUGGCAAAGUCAAUGAGCACGAAGAGAACACAAAUCCGAAGCUGCGGGAGGCCGCCGUGGAGAUCAUUGACUUCCGCCGCUGCAACAAGCCCAAUGUCUAUGAGGGCUUCCUGACCCCCCGCAUGAUGUGCGCCGGAUACUUGCAGGGGGGCCGGGACUCCUGCCAGGGCGACAGCGGGGGUCCCUUGGUCUGUGAGGACGGCAACCGCUGGUACUUGGCCGGCGUCACCAGUUGGGGGACCGGAUGUGGACAGAAGGACAAGCCAGGGGUCUACACGCAAGUCACCAAGAUGCUCAGCUGGAUUUACAGCAAGAUGGAGAGCCAAAGCCAUUGACGAGCGAGUGAAGGAAGGGCCUCAUACACACGUGCGCACACAUACAUGGGAGGGAGGCACAUGGGCAAAGCGACAUUCCUGUGUGGUCAAAGGGAGCUGCAGUGGAGGCUUGGCUGUGAUGCGGAGCUGCAAGAGCUCAGGAACCCAUUGCAGUGGCUGCGAGUACCCCAGAAGAAGAGGAGGAUGCAGCCUUGUUAGGGGCGCAUUGGGGUCCCCUUCCUCUCUUCACGUCCUGUUUGUUUACUCUAGAAGACCCACAGAUCCAGAUGUUCAAGAGCCCAACACACACAGAGGGCCUCUCUGCUCUGCCCAGCUGUUCAGACACAUUUCGCUAAUGACUGAGGUGGGCCUUCUUUUCUCCUCCCCUUCCUGGGCAUUCGGGGCGCCACCCUCAAUGCACUUGAAGGGAAGCAAUGCCAGUCCUUCCUGCUCCAACUCAGGUAGACUUCCCUUGGACUUGGAGGUUCUGCAGGCCUGUCCUGGAAUAUCACUUGCGGGGAUUGUCUCUCUUUCUCUCUUCUGCCAUGUAGCUUCCAGACCUCCUCUUUCAGCUGGCAUGGCACAUGGCACAUCUUGCCAACACAAUGAAGUCUAUUAAAAAUUAAUUUGUUAUUUAAGGAUGCUUUGUGUCCGGGCAGCCUCCUUCUACCUGUUCUACCUGUUGCAGAAAAGGAGAUUCCACUGAACCUUAGGAAGGGGCAUGUUUGCAGAGUGGGUUAAAUCACCAGCUGCAGAAAAACUUGUCGACCAGAAGGUAGGCAGUUCAAAGCUGAGGGUUGGACUGAGCCCCUGCUGUUAGUCCUAGCUUCUGCCUACCUAGCAGUUCAAAUACAAAUGUGAGUAGAUCAAUAGGUACUGCUUUAGCAGGGAGAUAAAAGACACCUGUGCAGACAUGCCAGCAAUACGAUCAGGAAGGUGUCCAUGGACAACAAGCUCCUCGGCAUGGAAAAUGGAACAAGAGCACCUCCCCAUGGCCGGAGUUGAGCACAACUUCCAAAAAUUCUGGAGAUGAAAAGGGGGAAGGCCUUUAUCUUUGUCUAUGUACUGUAUGUUUUUGAUGUUAAUUGUACAAUGGCAUUGAAUGUUUGUCAUAUAUGUAUUCUGUAAUCUGCUCUGAGUCCCUCGGGGAGAUAGAGCAGAAAAUAAAUAAAGUAUAUAAUUAUUA